GGCCCGGCCCGCGGCGGCGGCGGCGGUGAAGGGGCUAUCUGCCCUCAGUUGCCCAGUUGCGGCGGCCGCGGCGGGAUGGUGUAGCUGGCCUUCCGGCCAGGCGGCGGGGCGCGGGCCGGGGCGAGGCGGCCGAAACGGCCGACGCCGCCUGACGGGCUCGGGUGCAGCGGCAGCACGCUGAGGGGGCGUCGCCGCCGCCGGCCCCCGGCGCCGCCGCGGGAGGCCGCGCCCGCCAUGGCGGCCCGGGCCGUGCUGGACGAGUUCACGGCGCCGGCCGAGAAGGCGGCGCUGCUGGAGAGGAGCCGCGGCCGCAUCGAGGGCCUGUUCGGCGUGAGCCUGGCCGUGCUCGGCGCGCUGGGAGCUGAGGAACCGCUGCCCGCGCGCAUCUGGCUGCAGCUCCGCGGGGCGCAGGAGGCGGUGCACAGCGCCAAGGAAUAUAUUAAAGGAAUCUGUGAACCUGAACUAGAAGAAAGAGAAUGUUACCCCAAGGCCAUGCACUGCAUUUUUGUUGGGGCGCAGAGCCUAUUUCUGAAGAGCUUGAUUCAGGACACCUGUGCCGAUCUCUGCAUUCUCGACAUCGGUCUCCUUGGCAUCAGAGGAAGUGCCGAAGCUGUGGUCAUGGCUCGGAGUCACAUUCAGCAGUUUGUAAAGCUCUUUGAGAAUAAUGAGAACCUACCCAACAGCCAGAAAGAAUCAGAGGUAAAAAGGGAAUUCAAACAAUUUGUUGAAGCUCGUGCAGACAGUUACACAAUGGAUUUGUUAAUUUUACCCACUUCCUUGAAAAAAGAACUCUUGGCACUCACCCAAGGUGAGGAGAAUCUGUUUGAAACAGGAGAUGAUGAUGAUGUUGAAAUUAGAGAUUCUACACAAGGAGAGUUUACACAGAAUGCUGCCACAGGGCUGACUAUUUCCAGAGAUGAAAUUGUUUUGCAGGAAGAUGCAAGAAAUAAAGCGGGGACUCCCGUUUCUGAGCUUACAAAACAAAUGGACACAGUCUUUUCUAGUUCACAAGAUGUACUUUUUGUUCCAAUGAAUGGUGUAACCCCAGAUGAAGAGGCACUUUCCAAAGACAGAGUUUGUCACAAGAGGAGGUUUUCUGAUUCUGAAGAAAGGCAUACCAAGAAACAGUUUUCUUUGGAAAAUGUUGAAGAGGGAGGGCUUCUACAUGAUGGUAAGACAUUAGCUGGACGUGUAAUCACUGACGUCUCUGAUUCUUCCACUGAGGCCGAAAAUUUAAGUCCAGACAUAAAAGACACUACUGAGGAAAUGGAGUACAACAUUCUCGUGAACUUUUUUAAAACCAUGGGCUAUUCCCAAGAAAUUGUUGAAAAGGUCAUUAGGGAGUAUGGGCCAUCUACUGAACCAUUAUUACUCUUGGAGGAAAUUGAAAAAGAAAAUAAGAGAUUCCAAGGAGACAGAGAAUUUUCACCUGGUAGUGUGUAUCCAGAGACCAACAGAACCAAAAAUAAAGGUGUUUGUAGCAGCAUAAAUGAGCUUGCAGCAGAUUCCACUCCAAAGAAAACACAAACUCACACACAGCAAAAUAUGGUGGAAAAUUUUUCUCAGUUACCAUUCAGAGUUGAAUCAAAACCAUGUACCUCAAAUUGCAAAAUGGAUACUUUCAGAACAGUGCCAAUAGAACAGAAACAAGAAAUCUGGAGUUCAAAUCAGAGCUACAUUUGUAACAUAGACCUUGAGACUGAUGGCCUUUUACCCUCUGUUGUCCCUUCAAGUCCCAAAGAAGUUGUCAGUUUUGUUUCAAGAGGAGCUUCAAGUCACCAGCCCAGAAUUCCGGUUUUUCCUGAAAACGGUUUGCAGCAGCAAGCAGAACCUUUGCUUCCAAAUAGUGUGAAGUCUGCCUCUGAAAACCGCUCGAGGUGUUGUAGCUCUCCUCAGUCUAAGCCCGGCUGUCCACCCCUUUCUCCACCGAUGCCGCUCUCCCAGCUGUUGCCUUCAGUUACUGAUGCUAGGUUGGCGGGACCUUCUGAGCAUAUUGAUUGCUCAGUUACGGGGGUUCAAAGAUUUCGAGAUACUCUGAAAGUGCCCUACAAGCUGGAAUUAAAAAAUGAACCAGGGAGGACGGAUUUGAAGCACAUUGUUAUAGAUGGAAGCAAUGUUGCGAUUACCCAUGGUCUGAAAAAGUUCUUUUCUUGUCGUGGAAUUGCAAUUGCGGUUGAAUAUUUUUGGAAGCUCGGCAACAGAAACAUCACUGUAUUUGUUCCACAGUGGAGAACAAGGCGUGAUCCUAAUGUCACAGAACAGCACUUCUUAACCCAGCUCCAGGAGCUUGGAAUAUUAUCUUUAACUCCUGCACGGAUGGUCUUUGGAGAAAGAAUUGCUUCUCAUGAUGACAGGUUUCUACUACACUUAGCAGACAAAACUGGUGGCAUAAUUGUAACAAAUGAUAACUUCAGAGAAUUUGUUACUGAGUCAGUCUCCUGGAGAGAAAUAAUUACAAAAAGAUUGCUCCAGUAUACCUUUGUGGGGGACAUAUUUAUGGUUCCUGAUGACCCUCUGGGAAGAAGUGGACCUCGAUUAGAAGAAUUUCUUCGGAAGGAAGUCUUCCUUAGAGAUAUGCAGCCCCUACUCAACGCCUUGCCAAAUGUGGGCAUGUUUGACCCCAGCUUCAGAGUCCCUGGCGCCCAGGCAGCCAGCACCAGCCACCAGCCUCCAGCCCGGAUUCAGGGCACCCCACCCAGCCACUGGCUUCCUCAGCAACCCCGCUUCCCACUUUUGCCCAACCUUCCCAACAUCCAGCAGAAUCUGCCCAUGCCAGCACAGAGAUCUCCUGCAGAAACCAACGAGCUGAGGGAAGCCCUUCUGAAGAUCUUCCCUGACUCGGAGCAGAAACUGAAAAUCGACCAGAUCUUGGCGGCUCAUCCAUACAUGAAAGACCUGAACGCGCUCUCCGCCAUGGUAUUGGACUGAAGGCUGUGGGGAGCUGGGGCUCCGGGCUGAAGACACAUACACGCAAGCUAGUGUCUGCAUGUGGCAGCAGAAAGUGACAUAAUGUGAAGAAACCAAUUUCCCAGUGGAAAUGCUGUUGUAGUGUAUAGGAGGAAAAACACAGAUGUUUUGUGUAUAAAAAAAUCUGGGUUUUCAAAACCAGCUUUUUUAUAUAUAUACAUUAUGCUGCUAUUACAGAUUUAACAUUUUCUGUAAAAGGAAAGUCUACAUUUUCUGCCUGUUCAGAACUGUUUAAUAGCAGUUACUCUUGAGUGCACUUACAUUUUUAUGUUUUUUAAACUAUUUUCCUUAAUGCUGAAAAUAUUGACAAAUGGAUAUGGUUAGCCUUUCUUAAAAAAAAAAAAAAGUUGCUUUCUUAGGGAAAGCAAGAACUCUUAAAGUAUAUUUUCUUGAGAUGACUGUGUCACGUCCACUGACAUGACGUGUGCUCACCCUCCUAGCCUCCUCUACCCUCACCCCUGGAAUUAGAGUCCGUAGGAGUUAAUUUUGCUCCUCGGGGGUCUUUCAUUGGAGCCAUUUGUGAGAGUGGACAAGUGGUGCCACUAGAUGGCACCUUGUGCCUAGCCAUUGUUAAUGACCAGGGCAGAGUUAGAUGCACGUAGUAUCCGGCUGGGAGAAACUUGAGAGCCCACGUAGUCCAGCCCUUCCUCCCUUCCCACCCUGCAGAAGAGGGAACUGAGGCUCUGAGUGCCCUCUGUCUGGACGCGCGCCCAAGUCCACAGCAGUGGACUGGAUCCCUCAUGCAUGGCUGGGACACUCACCACUCAGUCCCUGACUGACUCUAGAAGUCACAUCUUAGCUCUGAAGAUACUAGUGGGAUGUGAGGAAGUUUAGUGAAGAGUGUCAUUAUUACAGUAGUUUGGUGUCCACAACCUUGGGAGACGCCCCAUGUGAAGUUUGUGCAGCUUUGCCAAAAAAAUGGUUUUCUAUUCUCAAGAAUGACCCAAGCCAAUAAAUAGCAUUAGUAGCUUCUGUGGGGGCCCAGAGCCCCAUAUUUAUUUUUCCUGUAUUAAUCUCUUUAGUGUUCUCCUAAGCUGCCCUUCCUAUGGGUCUUUCUCAGAAUUGAUAUCUUAGUAUUGUGUUUUCAGUGUUGCCUAAAUUCUGUGUCAGUGAAAAUUCUUUUUCUGGAUAAUUAACUGUUAACAUCAUUCUUGUUCUCUGGACCUUCAAAGGGCUUUGUAUUUUAUACUUGUACUUUCCCCAGGCUGCUCACGAUCAGUUUCACGUCUGCCUUGUAGAUCACAUCUCUUGUGGCCCCCAGAAACAAUUCCAGAGGACUCAGUGCAGGUUUGUUCUUCAUGGUGAAGGGACUUAGUUGGCCUUGAGCAGACCUGGCUGGCUCCCCACAGUGCUCCCUCCAGUCAUGUAUGAUCCUGCAUCCCUCUAGGGGUGAGUCCAGAGUCCUUGGGUGGCCAAAUUCGGACUUCAGUCAUGUUUUCUCUUGGAUGCCUUUAAGAUGCAUUCUGGUGUGGAGCUGGUUGUCAGCUGGGGGUAGGAUACCCAAGUCAUCCAGCUGUGCACGUGGAGGCCAGAAGGCAACUUCAGUCACAGCCCCUGUGCCUCAGCUUCACAAAUGAUGGUUUUUAAAAACAACAGCAGAGGUGUGAGGGCUGGGUCCCUCUCACAGUGACUUUACCUUCCAGGGCAAGUGGCCUUGCCAAUCCAGCACUGCUCCUGUUCAGAGAAGGACCCGAGGGGCACGCCUUGACUGCCAGGACUUAGCCACUGGUCUUCCUGGAAGCGGGGCUGAGGCUCCACUGAUGCUAGGUAGAGCUGGCUAGGCCUAGAGGUCAGGAGUUUUGUAGGCUCUAGAAGUGACCUGACCUUUGAAUUACAUAAGCCUCUGUGAUCUUAAUAUUGUCUCUGAGAGCUCCACCAGCCCCUUUCCUCUUUCUUGGGUGCAGGAAGGAAGAGUGCAGAAGGUAAGUGGGAGGAGUUGCAGAAAACCAUUACUUACUUGCCUUGGUAAAUUAUAACAUGAAACAGAAUCCACGGUUCUUUCUGAAAUCUUGUCAAGUGUAGCUAAAUUUAAUGUUUUAAAGCUCAAUUCUCAAACCAUUCUUUUAAGAAGUCAUUACCUAUUCUCAGACUCCUCUUAAUACCAGGCUCAGUGUUGACACUCGCGGUCUGCCUCCCCUGGUAGGUGUUCGGAGCCACCUUGGGGAGUGUCUGCAGCAGUGUUGUAACUCCUCCAGGCAACUCAGCACCCUGUAUUCCAUGGCAUUCCUGCGAAGCAGGUGGCAGGGCAGAGGGCGCCACCCUCGUUCGGUAGACUCAGAGAAGUUGUCCGGAGUUAAAGAAUAAGUAGGCAGUGAUGCUGAAUGAUCUCUGGGCCUGCAUUCUUCCCCAGGCCCCAGACUGCCACCCGGGAGAAGAAAGACUCGUUUGGUCUUUCUGUCAAGUAGUCAGUGUUUGAGACCCUAUAUUCCAGUGGCUAGAAAAACA